GCUGCACAGUCUUAACACGCUUGUAGCAUUGACUUCUUUCUCACCUCAUUGUCACUUACGAAAUUUGGAGUGUUACAAGACGCUGCCGUUAUGCAAGCCAACACUCUGGUUACGCUGUAAAAUAUUACAAAAUGCUACUCUACGAAUCCCGAUGUUUUCUUCCUGUGAUUGGAUUAUUGCUUUUUACUUGGAUAUCAUGCGUUUAUGCCAUAACGGAUGUUGAUGUUUCCGAAAAUAUUGCCAACGAUGACAACGCUAUUCCACAGUUUGAGAAUAUCUUACCGGAAGAUUCCAACGAAGUUACACUCAGCACGGCGGAGGUCGGCGUGGCCCGGUAUCUGGGUUUAGGCUAUGACCUUAUGCGAGCCAAUCCCUUUGCCACCACUCUGGAUCCCGGUUUGAAAAGCAGCUCGCUGAAACCGGCAAAACUCCUGAAGACCUUCUUCCAGAACAACGCCACGUGCCCGCAACUAACGCAGUGUUUGAAAAUCGAACCGUCCGUUGGCACGGACGGACCGGCGAAAGACCAACAACUUUUUAUCAGAUCCUUCGCCGAUUACCAGCGCGCCACUCUGGAACAUUUGCAUGUGUAUGGAAAAUUUACAAGUAACAUUACAAAUGCAGUCGGAACAGCCGAAAAUUCCCUCGACACAUUGCGUAAUCAACUCGCCAGUGGAGCAUCCUUCACCGCGGCCGUAUCCUUCCGCAUUUCCGAAGAGGCUGAACUGGACUUCCGGUCCAGUCAGACCCUGCACACGCCCUUCGCCAUUGCCCUGUGUGAACUGCCGCUCGACUAUCAGCGCGAUGAAUAUCUCAGUCUGCUGAAGGAAUUCGGCACGCACGUCAUCGUCAAAAUCCGUUUGGCCAAAACCGUCGUGCGGCGCGUGACCAUCACACCGGAAAUGCUGUAUCAGUCCUUUGUGGAUAGCGGUGUAAGUGUUGAUACUAUAAACGACGGGUAUUUCCUAGCCAACAUCACCGGGACACUGAUGGCGCGUAUUGCCCAAAACGUGGAAAAGAAUGGGUCUCUUACGUCUUUGGUGGACGUAAGUACAAUGAGCGAAGCGAGUCCUGUUGUCACGGCCAUUCGGGAGAUCCCGUAUUUCGUCACCCGGGAGCGUUUGCAGCGAUCCGGUGCCAGUAUUGACAAUUGCCGGCACCUUAUACAAGACGCUCCCGAUGGCACCGCAGCGUCCAAAGUCGCUCAACUCCGCGAGAAUCUUGGUCGUGCACUGAUCGACUAUGCCGGCGAAAGUAAACACCGUCUCCACAUCAAGCAGCCGGAAUUUUUCUUCUGGCCACCGGAAAUCUACGCCCGUAUUGCCUUCACACAAAGCCGUUCUCUGGAAUUCAUGCCAGAUGGAUGUACCGGCUCCGUGGAUCUAUCGCUGCUGGGGCGGGGCUACGAUAUCUUCGCGGCCGACACGCUGGGUUCGCACUUAGAUUCCGGAGUGCAUUUCACGCCAGCACUUCUCCAUAAAGCGCCGUGUUUGGUGGGACGGAAGCCCUUCUGCAGUACCGGGUUGUCGUGCGCUAGCGUGGAGGCCGCGGAAAGGUCACAGUAUGCGGUGUGGUCCGGACGAGACUACCAAAAGGAGAUCAACAGUGUCCUUCGCAUUCCAGAUACGCUGCCGAUUCAAAUGGCCGGCAAAAUUGGCGGUAAGGGCGUUUCCAUGCAGCAAAUUAAUCAACUCUUCCUUGCCGGCAACGGCAUAAUCGACACCGUCCAACUCAACGCCUCCAACGAGGUCUCCCUAAACUACCGCGAUAUGGAUCAGAUACUGGACCCGCAUUUCCUGUCUGCCAUCUGCGAGCUCCCAACCGUGUAUGACCCGACACGUUACGUCAGCUUUCUCAAGGAAUUCGGCACCCAUAUCAUGGUGAAACUGCGGUACGGCAGUGUUGCCGUUACCCGGUCAGUUAUCCCCCAAAUUCUGAUCCUGGAACAAAUUCAGUCUAAUGGCAGCGCACAGACAGUUACUCCAGAAGUACUACAAACAGCCAUGGAAACCGCACGAAAAUUGGGAUCAGUCGACAUUAUUACGAAUUCUUUUUCGACACCUAACAGACCUAUCAUGAUAACGCUGAGGAACAUUAGCUACUUUGUCACAAAACCCAGGAUAGUCGCGUCCAAUCCGCCAACCGAAUGCAGCGGUGUGCUCAACAACGACAGCGCCAUUUCUUCGCUCCAGAGCAACUUGAACCAAGCCAUGAGCGAUUACAGUAAGGAGACAGAUGUUACCGAAAGGUCAUACCCUGUAAUAAUUCCGGCUAUCUCGACAUCGUCAUCAAGCACGCCUACUCCGCAGUCAAGAAUGCUGGUUAUACCGAAUGAGUCGUCUACUCAGCUACGGACGAAACCACCCAAACGGACACCACCACCGCGACGGUCGACUCCAUCAACGAGGACGACAGCUGCCGCAAUACUACCAACGACAACGAUGACCUACGUCGUUGACGGGCCAUCUGGGUUGUGGCCGGCUGGAACGUAUGCGUUAUUGGAAGCUGCGGACGGAUGUCCGGCAGGAGACUGGAGAAAGGGCAGUAGAUUUCAGGACUCAGAAGACCGCAACAAUCGCAACGACUGGGCCGUGUUGCUGACCUCCCUCACCACCAGCCGCUUCUCUCCGGAAGGCGUCCGCCUCCACUUCUGCGUCAAAACGACGCCUUUCUCCCCCUACGAACCGGACUGGCCGCCCGGCCAGUACUGCCUCUUCAAGAAAGGCCCGUGCCCCAUCGGUUUCGAGACCAGCUUUGUCGACCACGACGACGAAACCACCAACAACGGGAACGGUCAGGAGGGUGUCCUCCCCGACGGCUUCUACACGCACAACACCCGCUACUACUUCUGCUGUCGGGACGACGGGGACGUGGACAUCCCCAUCAGCCUGCCGAAAUCACGGCCCUUCUUCCUCUUACGUAAAGGUCAACAGUGCCAGCGGGUGUGGGAUAUGGACGCCGAGCCGUUAUGGCUGUUUACCGACUGUGAGGAUUCAUCGGCAGGAUGCCGGAUGUCCCCGUACGGUCAUCAUCCGGGGCUGACCAGUGUCCAUGGCGAUUGGCAGUGGCAUUUCUGCCAUUAUACACCGGCUAAACGGUUGGAUUUCUAUGCGCAGUUUCUCAGGCAGGCCUUUGAUUAUUUGGAUUUGUAGGCGCUGAGGAGGAAGUGCAGGAUGAUGACAGCCACGUGCGUGCCGGGGUCAAUCGAUCGGAUAUAUAUGAGUCAGAUGCGUAUAUAUGGAAAAUCGGAAUUUAUUUGGCGCUUUCAUAACACCUGCUGCUCUUUACUAACAAUUUAUACGUCUACUUGCCACUUGUUGAAUUCGGUAUUUUUUGCUGCUGGUUGUUAAAUUCGUACUGAGGAUUUGAUUUAAUGCUUAAGCUAACUGAAUCACAAUAAUUUACAAAAUGAUGUCAAAUGCGUUUUUUGGUCGGAAAUGUUACAGUUGGUAAAUCUUUAUGUACAUAAAGGAUGGUAUCAAGACUCCACCUUGA